UAUUAAAUUAAGAGUAAGAGAGCAAUGCGCCAAUGCGUGAUAAUAUUGCUUUUAAUCACGAUUUUCAAUCGUGCUUUUAAUAAAACUACGGAAAUGUUGGCUGCAAUAUUACUAUAUUAUAUAAGGCAAUGUAUAUGUUCUUUCCGUUUUUUUUAAAUUAUUGUCAUAAUCUCUUUUAUAUUAUAUAUUUCUGUUUAGUACCUAGUUAAACUGUCACUAAGGAACAUAAUAUAUUAUUAAUACACAAAUGUAAAUUCCAAAUACAGAUAUUUACAAUUUUAUAAUAGUCACACUACGACUUCAAUUUACCUAUUAUUAUUAAUUAAUACCUACCUAAUAAAAGAUAAUAUAGACAGAUAGGUAUAUCAGACAUCUUAAUAUCGUAUAACACAUAAGGACUGAAGAAUUUCAAUUUUAAUUUAAAAAAUGAACAAAAAUAAUUAUAGUAAUUAUUAUACGUGUAAAAUUAAAAACAAUACUCCGGCAAAGACAGAAAUAAACAACUUACAUAAGGAUAAUAAACAAGAAAUACAACCCAAAACUUGCCAAGAAUUGUGGAGAAAGUGUGAAGUAUUGUGUUCGUCAAUUAACCCAUUGGAGAGAAUCAAGUAUCAAGAAAGUGGAUGUUGUCGCAUGUCACCUGUAACUACUACAGAUGAUUUUAAACUAUUAUAUGAGCCAUUGUUUUCCAGGAGAACAACAUUUGCAUUUUAUAAAGAAGUAUUCCAUGUGGACCCACGAUGUACGUGUAUGAAAUUCAAUGGUAUUGAAGAAGAAUGUAAACAUCCAGAAUGCAAACAAAAUUUGAAAUGCUUAAGCUUACCAUCAGCAACAUGUUCACCAGCUGAAAAUUGGAAAAAAUACUACGGACAAACUUCAUAAUUUUUUAUACACUAAUCGGAACAAUAUUUAUUAUACAAUUACUUUAUUCUAUAAUUAUGA